AUGUCAACACGGAAGAAUGAACUACUUCAUCUCAUUUCAGUUGCCACUGUGGAGAGUUUCUGGUCGGCAUUUGAUAGAGUGAACGAACAACAUGGCCUCAUCUGCGACGAAAAAACUGGGAAUACACCGUUGCAUUUUCUUGUUUUGUCCUUACCUAAGCUUGUCCGGAGUUUCACGGUGGAUUUGAAACAGUCAACGAGUCAACCUGACGUUAUAACUGAUGAAACAUCUUGUGCGCCAUGGAUAAGUGCUGCCGUUGCACUUUUAUACCGACUGGUUGUGCUCGGCAACGUUCCAGUGAAUGCACAAAACAGUCAAGGCAAUACGGUCAUGCAUCUGUCAUGCAUACGACCACAUGCAGAAGUUCUGCAGGUUCACUUAAUUCGGCUUGGUAAGACAUUCCUCACAAGGUUGCUGGAAAUUUUUCGACAGCCCACGACCGGUUUCGCUCUUCUUGAGGCUCAUCAGGUAGGCGUAGUCCCCGAGUUUCCGUCAAACUUAUGUUCUACUCGAACCCAAAUUGGACUGUUUUCGAGAAAUACACUUAUUUGCAAAUCAGUUUGGAUUUUACGAGAGACUCGAAUGAAUCUCUCGUUCAUGAUAUUCUACAAGUUUACCUAUAAUUUACCCACCAUGUAUGCUUGUGCUGAUCCACUGCUCGAAAAUCGUUAUGGCGCACGUGUUUACUACAAUCCACAGACCAAGAGGGCACACCUAGUUAAAGGACUUCCUAGUCUCCAGUGUGGAAUUUGGGAUGCAAUUAAACGGGAGGAUAUGGACUGUGUUCAAAAAUAUCUACGUGCUUGGUCGAGAACCGUCGUGAGCAACUCCGAAGGGCAGAGUCUUCUAGACUUUGCUGCUGCCACGGGCAGUCACGAAAUCCAUCGCCGAAUAACCGAGGCUCAAGCAACAAACGAACUGGUUGCUCAUAGCAUGGCGUUGGACACGGAAAAGAUGCUGAAGUUUCUCACAUCUAGGCGUGAAAAGGAGAAAUGUGACUUGCUUACCUGUGACCAGUCAUUCGACCCCCCACGACCCCUGAUCGCGGAAUUGAGGCUAACCUAUGGACAGCGGGCCGAGGAAGUUAUUCAACUUCUUGCUUCGUACGGGAUGCCGGACGAACAUUCGUACUUGUGUUUAAGCAAUUUUCAUUCUCGAGACCAAAUGCAACGGGAACUGAAUGCAUUUGAUCUGUGCCCAUUUGUUCUGUCCGUAAACAAUGCAAAAUCUCUCGAAGCGAAGAAGAAGGCUUGGUUAAUGUUGGGCGACGAUGAAUUCAACGUUCGGAAGAGGCGAUCGAAGGAUGGGGCUACUUAUUUGCAUUUCCUUGUAGAGCGUUAUCUUGCUUCUGCUGACAAACCGCUUUUUCAACGUAAAAUUGUACGCCUGAUGUUCCGGUUGGCGCUUUCUGGAUUGGAUGUGCAGGCCCGAGACCAUCAUGGCCGAACGGCAUUGGUGCUGGCCGCAGAGCACUGCAGAAAUCCGUGGGAUGAGAAACAUGACGCAAAUCAGAGAGGCAAUGUUCCGAGCUACUCGACAAAAAUAAGCCCUCGUGAGUCAUUGUUGAAGCAUAAGGGCGACGCUUCACCCAUUCACAAUAUCCCCGUUCGGAUAAAUCAGGAGGAAGUACCCUAUUCAAACGGAAGUACUGUUUCAACAGAAAUGACGGCGCAGUUAGAAUGGUCUACAAAGAGCGUCAUGGGGUCUUCUGUGGAGAAAUUUUCUGCUAAACCUGAAGAUAUGCACUCCACUAUACCCGACCAACACUUGCUGGAAAUGUUGUUACAACUCGGUAUCGAUAGCUCUAUUGGUAAUCUGAAGCACGAAUGUCUGCAGAAAGAGCGUUUUGUGCCACGUGACGCGCUUACAGUCCGAGCGCGCAACUCAGGCGAAGCACAACAGAACACAAAGUGUUUACCUGGUGCAUGGCCUCUUAUUGACCUACUCAUUUGUGCGGUAUCGCAGAAUAAACCCAAAGAACAUGUAAAUUAUCUCCUAAAGGAACUCGAAAGCGCUAUACGAGAUCAUCUGGUGCGUGUUCAGGCGAGACGGAAUGGUUUAACUCUUCUCGAACUGGCUAAGGCGAUGUUGCCCAAGGAUGUUCAAAAGCAGAUGAGAAAACAAUCCAAAAGCAUAACAAAACAAGCAAGUAAUGCCCAUAUAUCGGCUGUUCAACAUUUAGUUGAUCUACUCCAACGCUAUACGGGAACUACGGAGUUCGCGAUGGCGGCGAUGGCAGGCGACACGAAGAGAAUGCGUCAUUGCCUGGCAAUGGGAAAUGGGACCCAAAAAUUGAAUGCCCAUUUGGAAAAUUAUUUUGAAAUUGUCAGCAACAAUUUGCGAGCAUCAUUCGUCAAACGACCCCUCAUCCUUAAUGUUAUGGAGUAUUCAUGCCCAGAAGCAGUAGGCUUUAUGCUCAAAGCCGGUGCAAACGUGAGAGAAUUUUAUCCGGGUGAGGAAUCUUUCAAACCUCGAAGAUCCGUUUACCUCAAUCUCAAAAGUGCACGUUCACCUCAAAGUGUCAGACUUUUGCGUCCUUCCAAUCACCUCAAUCUCAAAAGUGCACGUUCACCUCGAACGGUCAGACUUUUGCGUCCUUCCAAUCUGUCAGUUGAUUUAAGCGAGGAACCUCUAUCUCUUGUGGAAAUCAUCGAUCGACACGUUGUUCGGCUAUGCCGCUUCAACCAACUGCACCUGAUUGAAGAGCUCAUCAUUCAAGGUUAUGAACCUAUUCAAAACGCCCUUUUGAGAUUUCCGCAUCCACGCACCUCUCUGCAACUGGCUAAACUGCAUCAACACGUCGAGCUGGCGAAACUGUUGAGUAGAGCACCAAAGUACCAAGAAGCCAUGAACGCUCUGCAGGAAGCCGUUGUAGCUGGAGACGAAUUACAGUUUGCCAGUUUAGGCUGGAAUACUGUCAGGAGGACGAUUGGGGUCCUCAACCGAGGACUUUGGCUCAAAAGUCUAAACGCAAGGCAGCAGUGUGGGCUGGAAAUGCAAGUACAUUACCAUUUUUACGGAACAUGUAGCUAUACAUGUUCCAACCCCCAACCGGGAGGGCCAGGAGACUGUGUUCGUCAGACCUCUACCCAUGGACCAAGCUGGAAUGAGAGACUCUGUAGCUCGGGUGCGCUGUUUGGUUGUUGGUCUGUUCGCCGAGCUUGGCAGUUGGACUGCAAAUGUUUCAUCACCAAUCGAGGUGACAUCGUCAGUGCAGGGUUGAGCGUGGAUUGGCGUGGACGGUCUCUUUUGCACCUUGCUGUGAUUCACCGUCAAAACAAGCUAGCGCUGCAGUUGAUAGACAUGUGCCCCUCACUGACAAACAACCAAGACUGUUUGGGUCGUACUCCAAUGCAUUAUGCCAUCUGCCUCGGUGACGGUCGUGAACUGUUCCUCAAGCUCGUUGCGCGAAUGGGUGGUUUGAACAAAACGAUUAAGGACUUUGAAAACGUCUCCAUUGGAAACUACGGUGAUCAGUUCGAGAAAGGAGUGGAAAAAUACCGCGACCUUGUUCGCCAUGAAUGCGAGCUUCGGCCUCCAAACAUACGGUUGACGGAAACUCGAAGAUUGCGCCUACCUGAUGAGCCCCAAGAAGGACGAAACCUGUCGUGGGCUGUCGAAGAGUUUUCAGCAGCCUUGAAUUACCGGCAAUUUCAUCACACUCGUGUGAGUGUUUCCCAGUGCGAAUAUUCAUUUAGGUCGCUGGUACAGUCGAUACCCUCAUUAUGUCAGCCAACGCACGGAGUCCCGUAUUUGUGCGGAAAUCGCCUGUAUAGAUCAGCGGGCCAGCUAAGCACUGUACCAUAG